AUGUCUGAGAGCAGUAAUUAUAUUUUAUAUAAUGGUUUUAGGUAUCUCUGUAAAUGAAAAUGGAUUGAUUAAAUGGUAUUGUAAUUUAGAAGACCAUCACUUUUUUUGUGAAAUAGAUGAAUUUUUUAUUGCAGAUUAAUUCAACCUUUAUGGAUUAAAGCAAUCAUUUGAUCAUAUUGAGUAUUAAGAAUUUAAAAUAAAUUAGAGAUGCCCUGUAAAUGAUUUUAUCUCCAAAUACCCCAAUAGAUGAAAAUUUAGAAGAUGAUUAAUAUUAAAUGGAAAAUAUAAUUAAGAUUCUGAGAACUUUAUAAUGA